AAUUUCACUUUCUCACCACCACAUGACAAAAUGUUUUAGGAGGGUGGGGCAACACUUAAUAUAUCUGUGGAAGGACAGUGUGUGGACAUUUACAACAAAACACACCAACAAAUGGAAGGGUUAAAUAUUCAAAAUGUCGACCUGCACAACUCAGAGAACCUGGAGAGACACCGGACAGCAGGCUUCAGCAGCUCCGACACACUGGUGGUGCGAAGAGGGGCCCCGUUCAGAGUCAGCGUGCACCUGGCGGGCCGUCCCUUUAACCCCAACACGGAUUCGAUGAGGAUCAAAGUUAUGCUGGGCCGCCUGUAUGUGAUAAUGCCAGUCACUUUCAAAAAUCAGGCUUCUUCCUCUGCUUGGAAAGCCUACUUUGACUCAGAGGAUCUGAACCUCCAGACACCCUCUAUCUUCAUCUCCUCGCCUGCUUCUGCUUCAGUGGGCUGCCACAGAUUCCAGCUGUGCGCCCACAGUCAGAGCAGCCAGUUGAGCCAUGUGUUUGGCAUGUUCAUCCUGCUGUGUAACCCCUGGUGUAAAGACGAUGCAGUAUUCAUCUCAUCUGAGGAGCAGAGAGAAGAAUAUGUACAGAACGACUCUGGGUUGCUGUACAUGGGGACAGCAAUGAACCUUGUUUCCAGACCUUGGUCCUUUGAUCAGUAUGAACCAGGUGUUUUGGAAGUCUGCCUGAAUGUGCUCAACCUCAGCCCCCAGCACAAAAAAAACAAAAAACUCCUCAACCGAAGCAAACCUGUGUACAUCAGCCGGAUUGUUUCUGCUAUGAUUAAUUGUGAAGACGACUGCGGCGUGCUGAAGGGGAAUUGGACUGGCGAUUUCAAGGAAGGAGUUCAUCCCUCGAUGUGGACAGGGAGUGGGGACAUUUUGAAACAGUGGGCCCGGUCUGGUUACCGGCCAGUCAAGUACGGACAGUGCUGGGUGUUUGCAGCUGUCAUGUGCACAGUUCUGCAAGUUCUUGGCAUUCCUUGUCGUGUCAUCACCACCUUCAACUCUGCUCACAACACCCAUGGCAACUUGGUGAUUGAAGAGUACUACAGCAAGACAGGGCAGAAGCUGAACCUCAGUAAAGACAGCAUAUGGAACUUCCAUGUCUGGGUGGAGUGCUGGAUUCGACAGGAUCUGGGAUCCGGACUGGAUGGAUGGCAGGCUCUGGACCCGACCCCUCAACAGCGGAGUGGAGGAGUGUACCGUUGCGGCCCCGCCCCGGUAAACACAGUCAAAAACCGGCGUUUAAUGCCGUGGUAUGAUGUCCCGUUUGUCUAUGCCGAGGUGAAUGCUGACGUCCACACUGUCAUAGUGAGAAAUGGUCAGGUCAUCAGCCACACAAAAGACACAGAAAGAGUCGGAUCCCUCAUCUGUACCAAAGCUAUUGGCUGCCCGCGAAUCCAGAACAUCACAGGAGACUACAAAUACCUCAAAGAUCAAAAUUCAACACUUUCAUCAAACAGUUCCGCAAUGACAGAUGACUCAACAUUAAGGAGAGCUGCCCUGGUUUUGGAAAAAGCUCCUGUUUCCGGUGAGCCAAUCCGCUUCCUAGUGCAAUUUAUCAAUAGGCAGAGUGCUGCUAAGGUGGUAAAGGUGCACAUCAACGCCCAGGCCAAGGAGUACAGCCACAGUCCAUCAGACACUUUCUGGGAAACUCAGGGCUUCGUGGAACUGGGACCCAUGGAAGCCAAAGUGCUCCACUAUCAGAUCCUGCCGUCCCAGUAUGAGGACGUGGUGGGAGACGACCUGGUCAACCUCGCAGUUGUCCUGGAGGAUAAGAACAGUCACGAGCAGGUCCUGGCCGCAGAGGAGUUCAAUAUUGCCAGUCCGGAACUCAUCAUACAGAUUACAGAUGAUGAAGACUCUAUCGUGACUCGAAAGGAGAACUCUGCCUUAGUGACGUUCACAAACCCUUUUUCUCAGCCAGUGAGCGGAGUUCUGACUGUAUCUGGAGCAGGACUGAUGCAGGGAAAGAUUCACUUCAGGAUGCUGCCACUGCAGUCAGGAGGAACUGUGAACCAGUGUAUCACUUUCAUUCCCAACAUGGUGGGAACAAAGAUGCUGCAGGCAAGCUUAAAAAUCUAGAAUAUCAACUCAGUCAUCAGAGGAUUCAAGAUGGUCUCAGUCAAGAGCUCUUAGUUGACCAAGCUCCAUCUUUUUUCCAAUUUAUUUUUGUUUUUUGUGUCUCUUUGGUUGUAGAUAUGCACCAAAUGUGAAUGUAGUGUAUUUAUUAC